AUGAAAUUCUCAACACUAAGAACACCAAUGUUUGGCUUUUUCCUCUUGACACUUGCGGUCUCCAAAUGCGACCACAGCAACUUCAAGAUGUGCAGUUCUUACACAUCACAGAAGCAAUACAGCUACGCGAUGUUUGUCCAGACAUGGCCAGGAAGUUUUUGCAGUGACAAAUGUUGCAUCAUCCCAACCGAGUCUUCUGGUCUUGAAGAGGGUUUUACCAUCCAUGGGUUCUGGCCACAGUACUCCGGCAAUUCGUACCCGUCAUGCUGUGCCAACGACUUCACUGACAAACAAGUUGAGUCGAUGUUAUUAGCCGAUCCCGUCUUGACCAAUGAUGUUGCGACCUAUUGGGGAAGUAUGAAGAAGUGUCGCUUUGCUAUGUAUGAGUGGAGUAAACAUGGCACUUGUGCUUCUUGGGCUUACACUGGAUCGACCGGACCCAUUGAUUAUUUAAGAGCCGGUGUCGAUAUGAGAAAGAACUUAAACAUUUGGACCAAAUUUAAAGAAGAAGGUGUUGUGGCUGAUGGGAAGACUAAAUUCGACAAAGAAUGGUUACUCGACAUCGCAGAAAAACACUACGGCGCUCGUGGGUUCUUCACUUGCUCUUCUAACUCCGUAUCAGAAUUCAGAAUGUGCACUAAACUCGAUUCAUCGAAUAAAAUGAAACCUGAGUACUUCGAUUGCCCAGCUGACUUGGUUUCUUCAAGCCAAUGCGGUGCUUCAAUCUCAUUCAAAACUUUCCCAAAAGUCACCACUAAAGGACCAUGCACUUAUUAA